CAUGUCGGGCAAAUCGCGGGAAACACGGCUACCAUUGGCAACGCAUAGUUGAAAUUUUGAAUGAGACGUGAAGGAGAAAGUUUUCUCGGAUGUGUUUGUUUGUCUUGUGUUGACUUGAGUCUCGACGGUGGCUGUCGUUUCGGGGGCCUUCAUGGCGAUGUUCGAUCUGUUUCACCCGUUUCCAGCCGCCGGAGAAGUGUAGUAAUUCAUAGUUAUUUGCAGAGAUGACGGACUUUGAUUCUACUCGACCCGUUGCUCGCACGUACAGUCGUGGCAAAGUCGCUGCUGAUAGAGGAACUGACGAUGAUUUUGAUUUCGUGAAGAAAACACCUGAGCCGCCAGCCAUAACCCCGAAGGCCUUGGCCGCGAAAGGCAGUUGGGGAAGGAGAAUUUCCAAAAAGAAGGACAGCUCGCCAAGACCGAAGGCGGCUGCGCCAUCAGCCUACGACUGGGAAGACUCUCCCGACGAAUUCUCAACGCCGAAAAGUACUUCAAGUUCUGCUCCGGCUGGCCUGCCGAAAAAACGCCGUGGCAUAUCGUCGGUGGUGAGCGUGUCUCUAAAGAGCAGCGUCUCUGUCAGGAAUGGCGUGUCUGUCACGAGUAGUGUCGCUGUAAAGUCCAACACACACGUGGCAAUUAGUGCUACAACGAGAACAGCCAUAUGCCAGACGUCGUCGUUUGCUGAUGACUUUUCUGCCAGCUGCAGCGAAGAGUCGCAGUCGCAGUCUCAGACUGAUAGCUCUCAAGACGCGAAAGCAAAGCCGAGCAGGUCGAUGUCAGAGUUGACCCAGAAUGGAUUCAAUGGCCUACUUUUCUCUAAACAGACGAGGAAAGCGGGCAACAAGGAAAAUGACUAUGCAGAACUCAUCUACGACAACAGCGAGGAGGAUGAGAGUUCAUCAACCUCGUCAAGCCAGCAGCCGCCGUCGCUGAAGCGCUCGCUGACCGUAGGAUCAAGCAGCUCACCGAUGCGCAGCAUUGUCGAGGAGAUGGAAGUGCCGAGCGACCGGCUGCAGUCGGCCCGCCGCAACAUCACCUCCACCUUGUCCAGCAGCAGCGGCGCCAGCACCAGCGGCACUGGCAGCUGUGCUGGCGCCGCAGGUAACAGCCGGGGCGACGUGCGCGUCCCGUCGCUCGCUAAGUCCGCCUCGUGGCCACGCAUGCGCACCAACGCGUUAGCUGCUCACACGCUGCCCAACCUCGACAGCACUCCCGCGAAGACGUGCAAGCGGUCGGAAAAAUCACUCUUCACACUGGUGGGGAACGUGCAGGAUGCCACGGAAGCACAGGAACUCGGCGAGAACCAGAAUUUGAUGGACGAUUUGCAAUACUCCAUGGACGGCCUGUUGUCGACGUCCGCACUGGCAGUGCGUUGUCUCAGUUGUUGUAAUCUUGCCAGUCAAGCUGCUACACCGGCAUUCAGGCAGGCACUGCGCUCCAGUGGUGCAACAACAACGUUAUUCUCACGUCUCCAAGAUGCCCCCAAGAUCAAGAGUCUUGCCCUGUGCACCUCGGCGAUAUUCUACAUGCUGAGCCGCGACCGACUCAACAUGGACCUGGACAAGAGUGGCCUGGAACUGCUUGUUCAGCUGUUGCGCUCUGAAAAGGACUCUGAGUGGAUGGCGUCGAAGAAGGAGGAUGAAAAGCAGUACACCAAGAUGCAGACGAAGAUCAGGGUUCUUCUUCAGAACACCUCCAUUCACGGCGUGCACCAUCUCGACUUGAACAACAUCACCGCGGGACAGCUGGCGUGCGAGGCACUUCUAGCGCUGAUGUCCAGCCUGGUCGGCGCGGCCCAUCGCGACGACUUGCGUACUUUCGGCGGUCUCCGUCGUCUCAUUGGUCUGGUCACAUCGUACACUGGCAAUCUACCGGACGAUAGACACUGCGUUGCAUACCCUGACGACAUGCCCAGCGUGCUGGACCGUAUUUCUCGGCCCAUCCACGUGCUCGCGGACUCCGUGCUCAAGGAUCGCUCGGCCAACGCGUAUCUGGUGCACGACAGUAGCCGCCACAAUCGCCAGAACCAGGCGUAUAUUGUACAGUGCAAUCAGGGUAUCAUAUUCGCCAGUCUCGCUAAGAUGGUGAAGACGGCGACAUCGUAUGUGUGUCAGCGAAGCUCUGAUCCCAGCUCCUUGCCGAACAACGAGGCUAAGAAGAUGGUGGUGUCGGCGCUGUCACCUGCGCUGCGUCUUCUUGUCAGCUUGACACAUGACCAAGACCCGGCAUGUGUCGAGUCUUGCCAGCGAGAUGGUCUGCUGGAGUCGGUGUUGCGGUGCAUCGUGGACGUACCACGUCAUGUGGACCUUGCUGAAGAGACACAGAUCAACCUGGUGCUGCAGGCGGUGUGCCUGCUGCUCAACUUCUCCAUGCACAGCUGGACUGUUCAGAGUGCGCUGGCCGCGCUCAAGCCGGCCUGGCUGUGCCCGCCGAACGACAGCUGCGGCGACGACGACGAGCCGCCGCCGUCUCCCAUCGUCACGCUGCUGGACAUCUGCGAGCAGUACCAGGCGGCCGCCAGCGUCUACGAUCUGGACGCGCUGCUGGACAGCCGCCUGGCCGCGCUCAAGGCAGCGGUCGCCGCUUUGCCUGGCAACCAGGAUUCACCGGAUAGUUCGCCGGCCGCGGCGGUCGGUUCCGAGUCGGCCGAGAGCGUGGCCAACUCUCGCGAGCAGGCCUACAGUCACAUGCAGCGCAGCCUGGUGGCGGCCUACAUGGCUAUGCUGAUCGGCCUGCUGGCGCAGUCGUCGUCCAACUGCCGCCUGGCGCUGUGCAACGCCCUGGCCGCGGACAGCCUGGACAGCAUGCUCAAGCUGCUCAACUACUUCCUGUCCUUCCUGCGCAUGACGAAUAUGGCGAAUGACACUGAGACCGAGCUGAUCACCAGCAUCGUGAGGAUGUUACAGGGUUUCUCCAGCAAGCCUCUUCCCGCCGCCGCCGAUGACUGUGUCGGUGGUGGGCCCGAGCUGAAGGCCAUCUGUCCCGAGGUAGGCACUUCGUAGUGUUCGCGGCGCAUCGCAGCAUGGACGUUAACACCGUCCCAGCCAUAUUUCCUUGCGUCUCCAAACUCUUAAUAAUAAUAUGUGGCGGUCACUUUCCGCUGUUCUUUGACGAACGAACUCUCGUUUAGCACUCCUACUCAUAGACAACGAUUGGUGACAAAAUUAAUAGUUCUUUCCAUGAUGGUGCCUUGCUACCUGCGGAGAUGCCACUCCGCAGCACAUUGACUUGUACGCAUGCCUCCGUCUUAUUAUUAUCGCCACAGGCUUCGAAUAGUGUGUGUGUGUGUGUGUGUGUGUGUGUGUGUGUGUGUGUGUGUGUCAUAAGAUUAGCACCUUUUUCUCGAUUCUUUCUUUAAUACCUCUAUGUUUCAUACGUGUGUGUAUGUGUGUCAUUAGAUUAGCACCUUUUCUCGAUUCUUUCUUUAAUACCUCCUCUAUGUUUCAUACUCUUAUAGGUGAGACGCUAUCGGGUUGCCGUCAAUUGUUGUUCUAUUUUUCUUGUGCAGUUUUCCUACAUGAUACUAACUAGCUGGUUGUUUUCUCUAUCUGAUGUAGGACCUAGAAGAUGCAUGCUCAUUUGUACUCUUUACUACUGUAGGUUUGUUUUCUAGGAUCUUCGAGGCAGACUAGUCGUCUGCUUCUGUGUUGCACGUUCCCAUGAGAUUAACAUUUGAUUUUGUAUGUGUUUGCAUGCGCACGCCUGUCUGCCGUAUGAGUCUUUUCAGUUCUCUGUUAACCACCAGUACAGACCUGUGUUUGCUGCACCCAAUGCUUGAUUCUUCCGUGCUCCACCAGCUUGGCCAUUUUCCUUCAUGUUUGUUUACAUACCGGUAACGUUGGUAUGCAUCGAUACUAGUAGUCAUUAGCGCAAUGCACCAUCGUGUGCAUUUGCACCUAUCUUUCAUAGCUUUGCCGGCGGUAUCGUUAUGCAAUGACGUCAUGCAAUGAUGUCAUCAUUUGAAUGCACUCUACUAUAA